AUGUUUAGACAUGGAGACGGAGAGGAGUCGGAUGGCCGAUUCCGAGAGCUCCAGGAGCAACGGAUGGUGGUGCAGAAGAAGACCUACACUAAAUGGAUGAACAGUGUCUUCUCAAAGAAUGGGGAGAAGGUUGCCUUGACUGAUAUAUUUACUGACCUGAGAACUGGUGUGCAUCUGGUACGACUCUUGGAACUCAUCUCUGGGGAGAAACUGCCCACCCCAAGUCGACGCACCCUAAGAGUUCACUGUUUGGAAAACAACAGCAUUGCCAUUAACUUCCUUAAAACCAAGAUCCGGGUAGACUUGAUUGGUCCAGAAAAUGUUGUGGAUGGAGACCGAACCCUGAUCCUGGGCCUCAUUUGGAUCAUUAUUCUUCGCUUUCAGAUCGGAGUCAUCAAUCUUGUUGAGGCUGGUGGUGAUGCAAGUGGUGCUCGGCGCUCAGCCAAAGAAGCUCUACUGAUCUGGUGUCAGCGUAAGACUGCUGGUUAUGCCAAUGUAGAUGUGCAAGACUUCUCAGGCAGCUGGAGAGAUGGACUGGCCUUCAAUGCUCUAAUUCAUGCUCACCGGCCUGAUCUUUUCGACUACAACCGACUACGGCAGGAUGAUGCAAAGAGGAACCUGACCCAUGCUUUUAGUCUGGCAGAGGACGAGUUUGGAAUUAUGCAGCUCCUGGAUGUGGAAGAUGUCAUGGUGCCCCAUCCUGAUGAGAAGUCCAUCAUGACUUAUGUCUCUCUGUACUACCACUACUUCUCCAAAAUGAAGCAGGGCCAGACCAUCCAGAAAAGGAUAGCUAAGAUUGUGGGCCUUCUGAAAGAGCUGGAUGACAUGAAGGGCCAGUAUGAGAGCAUGGUGUCGGACUUACUAUGCUGGAUCAAGACCAAAGUGGUGGAGCUCAAUGACCGCUCUUUCCCCAACUCCCUGAGAGACAUGCAGCAUCUGGUGGCUGCCUUUAAGACAUACCGCACUAUUGAGAAGCCUCCCAAAUACCAGGAGCGAGGAGCCAUCGAAGCCCACCUCUUCAACUUGCGAACAAAGCUGAGGGCAAACAACCAGUGGGACUACAUUCCUCCGGAAGGCAAGACCUUGGGGGACAUCGAAAGGAACUGGACCUUGCUGGAGCGAGCAGAGCACCAUCGAGAUCGGGACCUACAGAGUGCGUUGAUGAGGCUGGAGCAGCUGGAACAGUUGGCCCAUAAGUUUGGGCGUAAGGCUACGCUGAGGGAGAGCUACCUAGAGGAUACUCUGCAACUGAUCCAACAACAAGACCUGGGAGUGUUGCAGAGCCUUGAGGAGGCAGAGACUACAGUUCACAGACUGGAGGCCCUGGGGACGGAUGUGCUUGCUCGCGAGCCACGUUUCCGUGCUUUAAGUGAAAUGGCUGCUGUCAUUGAUAGGGGGAACUACCACAGCAAGGUGCAAGUGAUUCGCAGGCAGGUGGAUAUCAUGAACCGAUGGAAAGAUUUACUUCAGCAGCUGCAGCAGCGGAGAGAGCUUGUUGAAGAUGUUGUAAAUACAUUCGCUGUCCUUAGAGACAUUGAGUUAAUCUCCCUGGACCUCAAGGAAUUACAGGCACAGGAAGUUUCAUCUGAUAUAGGAAAACAGCUGCCAGAGGUAGUGGCUCUUCUGCAAAAGCAGGACCUGCUAGACACUCAGAUCGUUUCACUUGGGGAAACCUUAAAUGCUAUUAGCAGCAGUGCCUUAAAGUGUAAACACAAAGGUGCCACAAAAGUCCAGAGAGAACUUAAAGGUCUCAAUGCCCAGUACAACGCCCUACUGGCUCUCAGCAGGAACAGGAGAAAAGCCCUGGAGGGACAGCUGAAGCUCUUUGAGUUUUUCCAUGACUGUGAAGAAGUAGAAGCGUGGAUCUAUGAAAAAUGGGUCCUCUUACAGGCAGCACAUCUUGGGAGAGACCUCAGUCAGAUACAGCAGGCCAUUCAGAAACACAAGGCUUUGGAGGCAGAGAUACAAUCACAGGAAUCUCUGUGCUCUGGGGUUUUAUCCAGAGGUCAAGAACUGUGCAGAGGAAGACACCCCAAUGAGAGAGACAUCCAGAAGUGGAUUCGGACUCUUCAGAAGCAAUGGCAGCAACUUAAAGACCAAGUCACUAUCCGAAAGAACAGACUGCAUGCAGCCAACGUUAUUAAACAGUAUUUUGCUGACGUUACCGAAGCCAUUUCAUGGCUUGCUGACCGCAAGCCCCUUUUAAUUGAUGAGGAUUAUGGAAAGGAUGAAGCCAGCACUACUGCUCUGCUCCAGCGUAACCAGAGACUAGAGAAGGAAAUGGAAGCCUAUGACUCAGAAAUAAAACGACUGGGGGAGCAGGCCAAGAGUGCUGCCCAACUUGCUUCUCUUACUACUGAACCCCAGCAGAGCAGAAUGGUCCACUACAGUGAUUCAUCAGAUGAUGAAGAUGAGAAAAAAAGAGCCGACAAAGGGAGCAAAGUCCUUACCAAGGCUAUACAACAAGAAAAAGCAAUGAUCAGGUUUAAAUACAGAGGUGAUAAAUUAACCUGGGACCGAGGAGAAAUAUUGACAGUUGUCAGCAGGGAGAAAGGUGAUAAGAUACUUCUUAGAGACAGCAAUGGAAAUGAGCAACUAGUGUCUUCCACAUACAUCAAGGAGUUGCUGCCUUCUGAAGCACCACCAGAACCAACAAAUGGAGUAUCCGAGAGUCCGGAAAGAAAAGUGAGUCGCCCUCGCCGCACUCGUUCCAUGCGCCGUGGCACAGCUGAAAUCUCUACCUCAUCAUUGCCUGACCCACAUUUUCAAAAAGAUGCAAUAGAGAGCACACAGAGCAGUCUGGAACAGGAUUUCAACAGCCUUUAUCAGUUAGCACAGUCAAAAAAUAAGAUCUUGGAUGAGACUGCACGACUACAUAGGUUCUAUAAUGCCUGUGAGGAGUUUGAGUCCUGGAUGGGGGACAAGGAGAAUGUCCUCAACACUUUCAGCUCCAACUCCAACAACUUAGAGGUUGUUCAAGCCAAAUACGAGAACUUUCUUACCGAGCUAGCCAGUGGUAGAGGGCAGCUUGAUGAUAUCACCAAGCUCAGAGAGGAGCUUGUCAAAAAACAGCACAGCAAGAAGAGAGAGAUUCAACUCAGACAUGGGAAUAUAACACGCAGGUGGGAACACAUUCAGAAACUGAAGGAUGAGAUAGCUCAUGAGCUGCUUAGCUCUGCUGAUGUGAAGUCCUUUCUGCAGACCUGCCAAGAUGUCCAGGCUCAGCUACAGGACAAGCUAGCCCAACUUGACACACCUGAUGUGGGCAGCUCACCAUCAGCCCUGCAGGCUGAGGAACAAAGACAAGCCCAAGCUGAGAGGGACAUAGAAGCCCUGGAAAGAAAAAUAGGGUAUCUUAAAAGUGUGGCCAAAAUGAAACAGGACUGCAGUCCUGCAGAGAGUGCCGCUAUUAUGGAAGAAGUACAUUCUCUGGAGCAACUCCUGCAGCAGGUGAAGGCCCAAGCCAUUCAGAGACAACAAAAACUGGAUGAAGCACGGCGUCUACAGUUCUUUCAGAAAGAGACUAGAGACCUGUUGUUGUGGGCAGAGGCAAUAAAGGAGCACCUUCUGGAAGAGGAGACCGGGUCUGAUGUAGCAUCUGUUCAAGCCCUGCUGAAGGAGAAUCAGGAUCUGAAGCUGGAGAUUGAGCAGCAGACAGAAAAAUUAAAAGAUAUAAAGAAGCUUGGUGAGUCUUUGGAGAUGUCAUCUGGAAAGAAGGGGGCUAUGGAUGUUCAGCAGACGGUCACAAAGUUGGAUCUUCAGUGGGGCCAGCUGAACAAAUUGUGGUCUAGUCGAAACAGAAGACUUGAGCAAGCACUGGAGUUUCAAAAGCUGAAUAAGGAAGCAGAUCGCAUGGAAGCCACAAUCUCUGGUCAUGAAGCCAGGCUGAAAGUCAGAGACUUGGGGGACUCUGUGGACAGUGUUCACAGUUUACUGGGCCGACAAGAAGAGCUUGAGGCUUUGCUUGGGGCUCUAGAGCGAUCCAUCAUUCUCUUUCAAGACAAGAGUCAGGAGCUCAUCAGCAAGCGUAACUUUGCUUCCAAAGAGAUUCAACAGCAAUCAAAGGUCAUUCAAGAUCGAUACAAGAGCCUGAAAGAAAGUUCUAAAUUAAGGCGACUUGAGUUACUUGCUUCCAAUAAAUAUCAGGAAUUUUUAAGGGAUGCAGAGGAGAUGAUGCUGUGGAUGGAGGAGAAGUUUGAGAUUGCUGAAGAUGAAUCGUACAGAGAUCCAACCAACAUUCUUCGCAAGCUCAAAAAACAUGAGGCAGCAGAAAAAGAGAUGCAUGCCAAUCAAAUUCGCAUAGACAGACUGAUUGAGGCUGGAGAGGAUAUGUUAGCAGAUGAUCACUACAACAGCCAGAGCAUUCAGAGGAAAUCUCGAGAGGUGCUCAAUAGGUGGACUGAGCUCCAGAGAAAGAUGGCAGAAAGAGGGGACAAGCUACGACAGGCUGGCCAGCAGGAGCAACUCAUGGAGCUGCUUCAGGAUGCAAAAUUGAAGAUUGAGGCUAUUGAGAGAAUGUUACAGAAUGCUAUAAGAGGUCAUGACCUCCGCUCAAGCCGACAGCUCCUCAAGGAACACAAGCAGCUGGAGGAGGAAGCACAAGAGCUUGCUGAAAAAAUAAAUUCCAUUGUCACCCAUGCCAAACACCUGGCCACCAACCAUUUCGACUCUCAUCGCAUUCUCAGGGAGACUGACACUUACCUGAAACUAUUUAAGUCUCUACAAAAACCUCUUGAUCAUCGCCGAAGCCAGCUAGAGGCAGAUGUUGCACUAUAUAGCUUUUACCAUGAUGUGGACUUAGAGCUAAGUUGGAUAUCAGAGCAUCACCCUGUACCUGAUACUACAAAUUAUGAAAGAUCCCUGGCUGGGGCAGUUAAUCUGCUUCAGAAACACAAGGACCUACAGGCAGAGGUUAAUGCCCACAGCCAGUACCUGCAACGAAUACUGGACAGAGGAAGAGUCAUGGCCCACUCCAAUCAGUGGAAUGGUCAGGAGGUGGAGCAAAGGUGUGAGCAACUGAUUACGGAGUGGGAGGGGCUAGAGGAGACAUGUGAGAAACGGUCAGCCGAACUAAACAAGGCAGUUACAUGGGAGCAGAUUUUGCUUGACUGCACGGAUCUAGAGACCCGACUGUCAGAAACAUCUGCUUUGGUCAGCACUGAUUAUGGCAAGAAUGAAUUAGCCACUCAAAGUCUAAUGAAGCAACACCAGGCAGUGGAGGGGCAGAUUGAGGUACUUACUGCCCAGGUAGAUGAACUCAAGUCCAAUGUAAAACAGGCUGAACGUAUGUGGGGUUUAGAGGAGUUGAAUAGGUCCUACAACCAUAUUAAAUCUAAGCUAUGUGAGGUUCAGCACUCAGCAACACUCAGAGAGCAGAGGCUUCGAGAGACUCUACACUUGCAUGAAUUCAAGCGUGAGUCUUCAGAAUUGGUGGAAUGGAUUGCUCAACAGACACAGAUUGCCUCCUCAAAUGACUUUGGGAGUGAUAAUGAAAAUGUACUGCAACUGCGUGGGAGAUUUGAGGUAUUCCUAAAGCAGCUGGAGAUGGGACUGGAGAGGAUGCACACCUGUUAUGAGCUGGCUGAUAAACUCAUCAAAAAUAAUCACCCUGAGAGCCGCUUCAUCAGAGAAACACAGAAUCUACUCAGAGAAUCAUGGGAAGAGCUGCAGGAUUUAUCCAAAGACCGGAAGGAGAAGCUACGUAAAUCUGAAGAAUGUCACAAAUUUUACAAAGACCUGACUGAUGCACUUGAACAGAUAAAGGAAAGGAACAAAAGCAUUCCGGAUGAUAUAGCCAAAGAUCUUAAGGGGGUGCUGUCACAACUACGGAAACAUGAAGCUCUUGUACAUGAACUGGCUGGAACAGAGCAACAGCUGCAGGAGCUGUUGGAUGGAGCUGAUGCCAUUUUGGACAUGUGCUCUCCUGAGCUACGGGUGGGGUUGCAGGAGCAGCAGCAGGAGGUGGUGGAGAGCUGGGAGAUGCUCCGUACACACAUGGAGCAGAGAGAGGAAGAGCUACGGUCAGCUAAGGACCGCUACAUGUUCCUCAAUACGGCACAGGACUACUCCCUCUGGUGUGGCCAGGUGCUGAGUGGGAUGAAGGCAGAGGAGUCCAUUCGAGAUGUUGCCACCUGUGAUCUGCAGUUGUUCCAGCACCAGCAGCUUUGGGCUGAGAUUGUGGCACGUGAGGAGACAUAUGCCCAGGCUGUAGCCAUGGGCCAGGACCUGCUGGAGCAGGACAUACCUAAUGCUAGAGAGAUCCAGUUGAAACUGAAAGCUCUGCAAGAAGCAAGAGAGAAGCUGACUGAUAACUGGCAGUCCAAGCAGAAAUGGCUGGAGAACACUUAUCUAGAGCAGAUGUUUUAUAGAGACGCUGAAUACAUGGAAAAGAUCACUAACUCUCAAGAGAUCCAGCUUAAGAACAGUGCUUUGGGAACAACAGUGGAUGAUGCAGAAACUUUGAUCAAACGCCAUGAAGCCUUUGAAAAACUUCUUAAUUCUCAGGAAGACAAGAUGAUGGCUCUUCAGGAGUCAGCAGAGCGCUUAAAAGCAGAAGGUUUGAACAGAGAAAAAAACAGCAACAUUAAGAACAAACUGAAAGCUCUCCAGGAGAGGAGGGAACGCAUCAAGGAUCUGUCUGCUAAACGCCAGGAGGAUCUUGAGAUCUCUAGGCUUCUAUGUAUCUUCAACCGGGAUGUGUCUGAGGCAGAGGAAUGGAUCACAGACCGUAUGAAUAAGAUUCAAGAAGACUCAAAGAUGGACCUCAGCAACCUUCAGGCCAAAAUGAAAAUACUGCAGAAGCAUCAGGUGUUUGAGGCAGAGAUUCUGGCCCAUGGAAAGAUCAUUGAUUCUGUCCAGAAGGCUGGAAAAGAGCUGGUGACCAUGCGUCACCCAAAAUCAAAGGAAGUACGGCAGACUGUUUCAGCUCUGGUCUCUCAUUGGGAGGCUCUAAAGCAAGCAGUUGCAGUUCGUGGAAAAGUUCUGGAGGAUAACCGUGAUUUUCUUGAGUUCCUGCAGAAAGUGGAACAGGUUGAAGUUUGGAUAAGACAAAAGGAGGUGAUGAUAAAUGUUGGUGAUGUUGGGGAGGAUUAUGAACACGGUCAGCAGCUGCUGAAGAAGCUCAGUGAAUUUAGAGGCUCUGGAGAUGUGACUGUGGAUGAUGCUCACAUCAAGGCCAUCAACACUCUGGCUGCUCGGCUAGAAAGACAGAACAGUGAUGAGCUGGUGACUGUGAGGAAGCGUAGACAGCAGCUCAAUGAACGAUGGAGUAAUUUCCAUGGCAACUUGAGUAGCUAUAAGCGGAAGCUAGAGGCAGCACUGGAGGUCCACGCUUUGAUCCGAGAGUUAGAGGAAGUCAGAGACAGAGCUGGAGAAAAGAUGCUGUUGCUGCAGGGCCAAGGCAGUGGAGUGGAUGUGGAAAGUGUGGAGAACCUCAUUCGCAGACACGAGGAGAUGGAAAGGGAGGCUCGAGUCAUCCAAGAGAGAGGCACUGACCUGGAGAAGGAGACUAAAGACAGGUUAAGGAGGCACUCUGACCUGUCUGACAAUCUUAAGAAGAAGCAGGAAGAGGUUAACAUUGCUUUAGUGAAGCUGGACAAGGAGGUCAAACGAAGGAAGGAACGGUUGCAGGAAUCUCACCAGCUGCAGCUGUUUAAAGCUAACCAGCGCCUCCUUCUGGACUGGACCUUGAAGCGGAGUGAUGAGAUGGAUAAGAAGGGCCUGCCCAAGAAUAAGACUGAGGCUGAGAGCUUCAUACUAGAGCACCAGGACUGGAAGGUUGAGAUUGAUGCCCGCACUGAGCGUGUAGAUUCAGUUAAGAGUUUUGGACAGAAUCUUGUUAAGUCUGGACACAGCGAUUCAGCAGAAAUUAAAGACGCCUUACGCAAACUAGAGGAUGCCAAGUCAAAGCUAGCUCAAGCUUGGGAGGACAGAAAGAAAACUCUGGAUCAAGCACUGAAGCUUCAGAUAUUCCUGGGCUAUGCUGAGCAAAGUGAAAACUGGAUGAGUAACAGGGAGGUAUUCUUGGUCAAUGAAGAUCUUGGGGGAUCCUUGUCAGAGGUGGAGGCUCUUCAGAGGAAGCAUGCUCUGUUUGAAAACUCUUUAGAAGCUCAAAUGGAGCAGGUGAAAGAAAUUGACAGAUAUGCUCAGCAGCUCAUACAGGCAAAACACUAUGACUCUGAAAACAUCAAGAAAAAGACUAAAGCAAUUCUGCUCAGAAAGCACAAAGUACUUGAGAUGAGCAAAGCUCGACAAAAAGCUUUGGAAGAAUCUCUACAGCUGCAGAAGUUCCUAGAAGGAAGCUAUGAGGUUUCUUCCUGGCUGUAUGAGAAGAAUUCUGUGGCUCUUGAUGAGAGCUGGAGAGAUCCUAUCAACCUGCAGGCUAAGCUACUGAAACACCAGAGCUUUGAGGCUGAGAUACUGGCAAACCGCAACCAAGUGGAUGCCCUCAUAAAAGAGGGUGACAAGAUGCUGGUAUCCGGUCAUCCUGCUAAAAGUAAGAUAAAACCAAGAAUAAAAGAUAUCAGUGACAGCUGGGAGCAGCUUUUGAGCAACUGCAAGGAGAAGAAGUCACGUCUACAGCAAGCAUAUCAGGCAUUGCAGUUCCAGCGCUCUUUGGAUGACAUCGAGGAUUGGCUUGGGUCAGUGGAGGCAGAGUUGGCAAAUGAAGACUAUGGCAGUGAUUUGGCCUCAGUUAACCGACUGCUUAAGGCCCUACAGGGUCUGGAGGAAAUGGUAGAUGCGCACAUGGAGAAGGUUCAGGGGCUAGUGGACACAGCCAAAGACUUCAGCUCUCAAGGCAACUUCCUUGCAGAAAAUAUCCAGGAGAGGGUCUGGGAGGUCGUCAACAGGUAUAAUGGCCUGGGUGAGCCACUGCAGGCCCGCAGAGAAACUCUGGAGUCAUGGCAGCUGCUGUUUCAGUUCUACAGGGACUUAGAGGAUGAGCUGGAGUGGAUUCAGGACAAGUUGCAAGCCACAGCUACAAAAGACUGGGGCACCUCCCUGGAGAGUACACAAACCAUAGUCAAAAAACAUCUGGUUCUGAUGCAGGAAAAUGAGAGCCGAACCCCUCUGAUAAUGGCUGUACAGGAGGCAGGACAGAACCUGGUCCGGGGACGGCACUUUGCAUCACAUGAGAUCAGCGAGAGACUUGCUGAGCUAAAGAAGAACUUUGACACUUUGAAGAAGGAGUCAGAAAAGAAAGAUCGCCUGCUUCAAGAAGCACUGAAAAUUCAGACCUUCCUCUCAGAGGUCUCCCAACUGGAGCAGUGGAUGGAGGAGCAGAGACCUAUAGUAGAAUCCAGAGACUAUGGAAAGAGCGAAGAGGCCACUGAAGCUUUCCUCAGAAAACUGGACACAGUUGACCUUGAGUUGGAGAACCAGCUUGGGAAAGUAGAGUCACUCCUGAAAACUGGAACUCAUCUAGAAAAGUGUGGACAUCCCAACAGCCAUUUAGUGAGUAAGAGCCUUAAAGAUGUGCAGAGCGAGUUUGAGACCUUGUUGCAGCUGUCUGCUGAACGUCGUACUGAGCUGGAGAACCAGUACAAUCUCUAUAUAUUUGAGAGAGAAGCUAGAGAUCUUCAGAACUGGCUUCUCUCCUGCAAGACUAUCGCAGAAUCUGAUGAUUAUGGAAAAGACUUGGAGGGGGUUGAGGCACUGCAGAAGAAAUUUGAUGAUUUUGCAGAAGAGGUCAGCACCCUGGGUCAGAGUAAGCUGGGAACAGUCCAAAAGCUGAAGCACACAGUGCUAUUGUCAGAGGCACAGCAAAAAGAGGAGGCUCUGCUCACACUGUGGGAGGAUUUAAACAAGUCUAUGAAAGCAAGAGCAAAGAAUCUAUGUUCCGCUCGAGAGGUUCACCAGUUUGACCAUGACUUGGAUGAGCUAAGGAGCUGGAUGAGUGAGAAGGAGGUGGCUCUGGACCCUGAAGAGCAGGAGAGUGAUCUGCUCAGUGUCCAGGCUCUCAUUCGCCAACAUGAAGGCCUUGAGAGAGAUCUUGCAGUGAUAGAAGAGGAUGUUUCUCGUCGAAAGGAGGAGGGCAAAGAUUUGGUCCGCAGGUGUCCACAAGUGAGGGAGAGUCUGAGCAAGAGGCUACAGGACGUUGAGGACAUGUGGAGCAGUCUGCUGGAGAAGGCCAACCAGCGCAGGCAAAGACUCCAACAGGCAGAGGCCGUUCAGAGAUACUUGACCGAAUGGAGAGAGCUGAUGGGCUGGCUUAAGGAGACAUUAUCCCUAGUGACAGGAGAGGGGCUUGGAGGUGAGGUUAAAGACUUGGAGCAGCUAAUUAAAAGGCACGAUGAGUACCGCACUCAGAUUGACAGACAACUGGACAAAUCAGAAGUUGUUAAAAAUGAAGGGAGGCAUCUGAUGGAAGAGGGGAACUUCAUGAGUCAGGAGCUGGAAGAGCAUCUUACAGAGCUUCAGGAGCUGGAGGUGCGGGUUCUGCAGAUCUGGGCAGAAAGGAGAGCUCAGUAUCAGGAAGACCUGGAACUACAGCAACUGCAGAGGGAGCUGGAGCAGGCCGAGCACUGGCUCAGCACCUAUGAGACUGCACUCAGAGCAGAGGACUAUGGGGACUCUGUUUCAGAUGUUCUGGAGUUGAUAAAGAAGCAGGAGGAUCUGGAGGCCAUGAUUCAAGCCCAAAGUGAGAGAUUUAAUACCUUGCAAGCUAGGAGAAUUCAGAGACAACAGAAGAUGAAAGAAACUCGUAGAGUUGACAAUACAGACAGCAGUUGGGACAAGCCUGUUCGUGUGACCUCCCUAAAGAGAAAACCGUCUGAGCAUCCUGUUUUACCUCCGCGACCCUCGUUGAACAAUCCUGUCCUGAGAAGUAGCAGCAGUGGCAGGAAUGAUAAUUCAUCCACAGCCUCUCGAGUGUCCACAGCCAUCCUGAAGAGAAACAGUAGUGGUAAAAUGGAUUCCUAUACAGUAUCACGUGUGGCAUCAGGCCUCAGGAGGGACAGCAGCAGUGGUAGUGAUACAGUAACUUCCCCUGACAAACCGUCCACCUCCGUUCUGAAGAGCCCCACCUCCUCUGUUGAAAAUCCUCCACCUGAAAACUUCAAUGCUGUUUACAGAUCCCAUUAUCAACGUGCUGCCUUCAAGAUUGACCACACCUCCACAUCCGAAGAUGAGGCAGACUCUGUGAGACAGAUUGAUGAAGCUAGCAAACCCCCCCUCAGUGUCGUUCCUAAACCAAGGUCCUUCCCCAGGCGUCAGAGAUCAUCAAGUCCUGAAAUUGAGAAGUGGGGCCCUCCUACAUCCAUACCCCCUGAGCAUCCCUCUAAAGUCAACACAGAGAUGCUCUCUAUCAACAACCAGAGCUCUGAGGAGAGGAACAUUCCCCCAUCUACUCCUCCAGAAGACCUUCACUCAUCUCCUCCAUCUUCCAUUUCAGAGCAAGAAGAACUACCUGAGGAGUCUUCCACUGACACUCCAGUACAGACAACUGUUGCCACCAAGAUCAGAGGAGAGCAUGCCAAAAUGGAGGGUACCUUGGAGAUUAAACUGAAACAAGGAGGAAUUAAAGGCUUGGAUCACUGGGAAACAGUCUAUGCACUACUGGAAGAAGAGACACUCAAUCUGUUUAAAGACCAAGGUGCUGCCAGUGAGAACUGUACACGUUGGCCACCUAUCAACUUGGCUGGAGCAAUCUGCAAAGAUAAUCCUUACUACAGAAGAAAGGACCACACCUUCAAACUGAUACUCAGUGACGGCAGUCACUAUCUGUUUGCCGCCUCCUCUCAAGGGGAACAACAAAAGUGGUUGAAGGAGCUUCAAAUUUGCACAAAUCAAGCAGUGUCUUCAGACAGUCCUGGAAUUAACACAGAAGCAAGUAGAGAAAGCACAGAGCAGUGUGAUUCUGUGCCAGCCGACACAUCUGACACACAAGUUUCUGCCACAAAGUCAAACCAGGAAAAGGAAGACUACAUGGACAGCUGUGAGACCGAGAGAGAGCCACCACCAAAACCCCCCCACACUUAUUACAACAAACACCGCUACCCUGAUGGAGGAGAGAGCCAAGACUCGGUAACUGAGGCACAAAAUGUAAGAAGUCUACAGAGGAACCAGCCUCCUCUUUUCCCCCCACCACCUCCACCAGAAUACCAGACAGAGAAUGGAGCCAAAGACAAGUCCAAAAACAGGAGUGUCUUCAAGAAAUUUUUCAAAAAAUAAAUGUUGUGUAGUGGUAGCUAUAUUUGCACUCUACUGUAGCUUACUGUUGCAGUAGCUGACAGUUGAGUUAUUUCAGUUAAUCGAAUAGAAUGUAUUAUUGUUAUUAUACUCUGUAAUUCGAGCAUCUGCAUUUUCUUAAAGUAAUGCUACAAAUAUAAAGUCUGCUUCUGUAACUCCAGGCUUAAAUCAACACCUCAUAAUAAUUUUUUUAAUGUGUGCACAGGAUUCGAAAAUAUAAAGAAGUACAUUUCACAACUAUGGUAAAGUUAAAAACUGAAAUCUAUUCGAUCUAUUUCUUAAAAGUAUAUUUAUUAAAUUCACAUGUUUUUCUUUGAUUUUAUUAUGUUAAAAAAAUCUAAAAUGCUGAUGAAGGUGUAUGUAUUUUUUAGAUCUGUCUUUAGAUUUUUAAUAAUAAAAAAAGAUGCACU